UCUCCCCCCCCCCUCCUUAUCUCAAAUCCCGACUUCACAUUCUCAAUCGCUACAGAAGUUGAGUCCACUCAGUUCGUGAAAUUUCCCCGGGGGAAACAUGACGGAAAGCUCCUCGACGAAGCUGCUGAACGGAGACGCCUGCCGCCGGACGUUAAACGGGAAAACCGCGAGUAAAAAUGGCUACGUGAAGAACCACUGUCUGUUUCAGCAGCCACAGAAGUGCCGUCGCUCCGGGGAGAAGAAGCAAAAUGCGACCCAUAAUCCCAGUUUGUACAAGAAGCCCUUCGUGGAGUCGUUCGAGGAGACGCCUCUGCUGGUGGCUGUGCUCACCUACAUGGGCUACGGCAUCCUCACCAUCUUCGGCUACCUCAGAGACUUCCUCCGCCACUGGAACGUCGAGAAGUGCCACGUGGCUCGAGAGCGAGACGAGCAGAAGGAUUUCGUCCCUCUCUAUCAGGACUUUGAAAACUUCUACACCAGGAACCUGUACAUGCGGAUCCGGGACAACUGGAACCGGCCCAUCUGCAGCGUCCCCGGAGCCAAGAUGGACCUCGUAGAGAGAGUCACCCACAACUACAACUGGACGUUUGAGCACACCGGCAAGGUGGUGAAGGACGUCAUCAAUAUGGGGUCAUACAACUACCUCGGCUUUGCUGAGAACACUGGCACUUGUGCUGAUGCUGCUAUCGAAGUCACACAGAAGUAUGGAGUCGGCGUGGGAAGCACUCGCUGUGAGAUGGGCAACCUGGACAUCCACGAGGAGUUGGAAGAGUUGGUGGCCAGGUUUCUGGGUGUCGAGUCGUCCAUGGCCUUUGGGAUGGGCUUUGCUACCAACUCCAUGAACAUUCCUGCUCUCACUGGGAAGGGUUGUCUCAUCCUGAGUGACGAGCUGAACCACGCUUCGCUGGUACUGGGCGCUCGGCUGUCUGGCUCCACGAUCCGAGUCUUCAAGCACAACAACAUGCAAAGCCUGGAGAAGCUGCUAAGAGACGCUAUUGUUCACGGACAGCCCAGAACCCACAGACCCUGGAAGAAAAUCCUGAUUGUGGUGGAGGGCAUUUACAGCAUGGAGGGGUCCAUCAUCCGCCUGCCUGAGGUCAUCGCCCUGAAGAAGCGCUACAAGGCGUACCUGUACCUGGACGAGGCCCACAGCAUCGGCGCUCUCGGCCCAAACGGCAAAGGAGUGGUGGACUACUUCGGCCUGGACCCCAAGGACGUUGACAUCAUGAUGGGAACCUUCACAAAGAGCUUCGGGGCUGCUGGUGGAUACAUCGGAGGCAAAAAGGAGCUGAUUGACUACCUGCGCAGCCACUCUCACAGUGCUGUGUACGCCACCUCUAUGCCCCCUCCUGUGGCCCAGCAGAUAAUCACCUCCAUGAAGAUCAUUAUGGGAGAGGAUGGAACAACGCUGGGCGCUGAUCGCCUCAGGCAGCUUUCGGAGAACACCAACUACUUCCGCAGGAGGCUCUGCGAGAUGGGCUUCAUCAUCUACGGCAACGACGACUCGCCCGUCGUGCCGCUGAUGCUCUACAUGCCGGCCAAAAUCGGGGCUUUCGGCCGGGAGAUGGUGAAGAGGAACAUCGGCACCGUGGUCGUCGGCUUCCCGGCCACGCCUAUCAUCGAGUCGAGAGCGCGCUUCUGUGUUUCAGCCGCUCACACCAGAGAAAUGCUCGAUACUGCUCUGGAGGCCAUUAGUGAAGUGGGCGACCUGCUGCAGCUGAAGUACUCCAGACGGGAACAACCUCUUCCCUCUAUGGGCUGGAUGUCUGAAGAGAGCCUCCUUCAGGACUGAACCAGCUCCAUCUUUUAUUUCCUCCUUUCUAACCUCUCUGCACAACACACAUCCCAUUAGAUGAAUUUAUCUGAUAACAAACACUUGGAGCCAGUGUCACCCACUCAGCUGCUCCGUAUCUGCGAGAAGCGAACCUGUGACCCGCGAACUGUUCGCACGUCUCGUCACGAAGUGUUUCCGGAGCAUUGCUCGCUUCCUCUCACGUCAUGUCUUAAAUCUUAUAUAUAUAUACGUAUAUAUAUAUAUAUAUAUAUAUAACGUUUUAUUUGUGCAAUAAAAGAAGAGAAAAAAUUUCAAGAAGCCUAAAACAAAGUAGGGGGAGCUCUGUUGCGGAGAAGAGACCUGAUCCUAGCCUUUUUGUACGAGACAAACCUGAUGCGUGUAGAUAUUAUUUAUCGCAAAAGCAAAGGUGUGUUAUUUCUCACACACACACAGACGGUUCCCGGUGUGUAUUGAUCCGAUCGCUUCUACUUGAAUCUGCUUAUAGAAUAUUGGAUUUUCUUUUUUUUUGUUUUGUUUGUUCCCCCCAACCAAAGGUUGUUGCAUAUGUAUAGAUACAUUUUCUAUAUUUCUCUUGAAAUGCCAAGCAGAUGUUUCCAAAAGAAAAACAUGUAACGGAAUGGGGGAGCGGGGGGGAGACAAGAAAUUUCCAGGAGCAAGACUGACAAAAUAUUUUUUUACCACUUAUUUUCUAUUAAUAGUCCUGCAGCCUAAGUUUUUACUGUUUACACCUGCACUCAAACACUUGGGCCAAGUGUCUUUAACAUUUCUUUGAGGUAAAUGGCCUACAUGUAUAUAUUUUUCCCCUCCAUUCUGCUCACUAAAGUGCUUCUAUGCCGAGCAUGACGACGCGCUGCAACUUCGAUCUGUAUGCAUGACGAUGCUGCUUCAAAACUCGUCCGAUAUGUACAGAACAGUUUUUAUUUAUUGAAGAAAGGCAUCUUCUCCUUUUGCCAAUCUGUUUUUGAAAGGCAGCUCUAAAACAUGCUACAGUUGAGAGUAUAUAUUUGAACCAAUCACACGGUCUUAACAUCCGGACUGUACCACUGACAGGCGCUCUAAAUGCCGAAUGACGUUGGUAGGAAAGUUUUAUGUAUAUCUGCAUAAAUAUAUACUCUGAAUGUUCUUUAUUUAUUGUUUUUUUUUUUUACCAUAAUUUUUACAUUUUGUGAUCAUCCACUGAAACAGCAUUCCAUAAUCAUUUUUUGCUUUCAGUGUGUAGCUGUCAUUUUGAUCUGUUGUUUGUUUUUGGUAAACAGUCUGCUGUCCAGUUUCAAUGUGAGUCAUUUUUGUUCCGUCACUACUGACGUCAGCCCAAGGUGGUGGUUGUUGGUCAGAAAGUUGUCUGUUGUCUGCCAAUGUGUUCUUUUAUGCUGAUAAAAAAAAAAAAAAUCAAAAAACA